AUGUUCAACUCCUGACUCCGGCGGAAGCGUGGGAGCCGCGCGGGCCGCCGUCCCCGACCCUUGCCGCCGCUCGCGCCGGGCCCGGGAGCCAGAUUUUUGUGCACGUUUACUACUCUGUCAUUAUGAGAUGUCGUCUCUCGGUGCCUCCUUUGUGCAAAUUAAAUUUGACGACUUGCAGUUUUUUGAAAACUGCGGUGGAGGAAGUUUUGGGAGUGUUUAUCGAGCCAAAUGGAUAUCACAGGACAAGGAGGUGGCUGUAAAGAAGUUACUCAAAAUAGAGAAAGAGGCAGAAAUCCUGAGCGUCCUCAGUCACAGGAACAUCAUCCAGUUUUAUGGAGUGAUUCUGGAACCUCCCAACUAUGGCAUUGUCACAGAAUAUGCCUCCCUGGGCUCCCUGUAUGAUUACAUUAACAGCAACAGGAGUGAAGAAAUGGACAUGGAGCACAUCAUGACCUGGGCCACCGACGUAGCCAAAGGGAUGCAUUACUUACACAUGGAGGCUCCGGUCAAGGUGAUCCACAGAGACCUCAAGUCAAGAAACGUUGUUAUCGCUGCUGAUGGAGUGCUGAAGAUCUGUGACUUCGGUGCCUCACGGUUUCAUAACCACACAACACACAUGUCCUUGGUUGGAACUUUCCCAUGGAUGGCUCCAGAAGUUAUCCAGAGUCUCCCUGUGUCUGAAACCUGUGACACGUAUUCCUAUGGUGUGGUUCUCUGGGAGAUGCUAACAAGGGAGGUCCCCUUUAAAGGUUUGGAAGGAUUACAAGUAGCUUGGCUUGUAGUGGAAAAAAACGAGAGAUUAACCAUUCCAAGCAGUUGCCCCAGAAGCUUUGCUGAACUGCUCCGUCAGUGCUGGGAGGCUGAUGCCAAGAAACGGCCAUCGUUCAAGCAAAUCAUUUCAAUCCUGGAGUCUAUGUCAAAUGACACGAACCUUCCUGACCAGUGUAACUCAUUUUUACACAACAAGGCCGAAUGGAGGUGUGAGAUUGAGGCGACCCUCGAGCGGCUGAAGAAGCUAGAGCGUGAUCUCAGCUUUAAAGAGCAGGAGCUCAAAGAGCGGGAGAGACGCCUGAAGAUGUGGGAGCAGAAGCUGACGGAGCAGUCCAACACCCCGCUUCUCUUGCCUCUCUCUGCAAGAAUGUCUGAGGAGUCUUACUUUGAAUCUAAAACAGAGGAGUCAAACAGUGCAGAGAUGUCAUGCCAGAUCACUGCAGCAAGUAACGGGGAGGGCCGUGGCAUGAACCCCAGUCUGCAGGCCAUGAUGCUCAUGGGCUUUGGGGAUGUCUUCUCAAUGAACAAAGCAGGAGCUGUGCUGCAUUCUGGGAUGCAGAUAAACAUGCAAGCCAAGCAGAAUUCAUCCAAAACCACAUGUAAGAGGAGAGGGAAGAAAGUCAACAUGGCCUUGGGGUUCAGUGACUUUGACUUGUCAGAAGGUGACGAUGAUGACGAUGAUGGUGAUGGUGAGGAGGAGAAUGACGUGGAUAAUAGCGAGUGACAGCAGAAAGGAAUAAGAUUGGAAAUGUUUUGUUUUGUUUUCUUAGAUAAACAGAUGAAAUGUGUUAUCUCAGUCUGUGCGAAAACGCAGCACAGGGCAGCAGAGCCCCCAGCACUGCGCCUUAGGCCGAGCUCACUUAGGGCACCUUCCUCAUCCGUGUGACUUUGCUUUUGCGUUCAGAAAAGGGCAGGGACUUAAGCUAAAGGCGUAUUUAUCAGCGAGUGUGGUGCCUGGUUAUAGAAAUAUGCGAUUACACACAUCAUGUUCUUGAGCUAAUGACAUUUGGGCUUUUUCUUUUAAGCACUUGCGCUGUAGUUUGUAUUUGACUGUAUUUAAUCUUUUCACUAGUUAGUCAAGAAAAUGUCCAUUUUGAACAAGCACUCUGCUCCCGGCUCCACUCUGACACUUGAUUCUUCCCCAGCACGCCAAGGUCUCCUCCUUGGACAGCACAGUCUAAUGGCAGAGGUAACAGGCAACUAUAAAAUCCAGGGGAAAAAAGAAAAAAACCUGAGGUGACACAAAAGAAGAUGGUAACAAAAUGCGUCUUCAGAAAUUCCUAAGUGCCAAAGAACACACAGUGCCUCAGAGCAAGGCCGAGUGCUGUGCUCAGCAAUGACACUGGGAGGAGAAAUGCUCUGCUUUGAAGCAAGCAGCAGAUGACGUCACACGCUUGCAUCCCUGUGCUGGCUGGCAGCAUCCAACAACGGCACACUGUUUAGGCUUAGCUUGUCCUUUACACAGAAGCACAUGGUCCCAAAGGGACAUGUCUGGUCAUGAACAGGAUGCGCACAGGCCUUUACAUGCAGUAAAGGCACUUGUUUCUUUGUUUUCCAGGGGUGCAUAAUACUACUACUCAAUUUUUAAUCUAUGUAUAGGGAAAAAAAAACACUCUAAAUAGGAAAGAUAAAUUAUCCUUCUUAGACACAAGUACCUUCUGAAGUUACAUGUAGCCUCCCCCAACACACCUACUUUCUUUUCUUUUUACUGUUCUCUAAUUAUGCUGGUUAGAGAAAUAGAUUCAGGUUCCACUCUCUGUGAAGGCCAGGUUACCCAGAGACACUCUAAGAAGACUAGCACUAGCAGCCAAAACUUAUUUAAACUAUAAAUGUGUAUAAAAAUUACAACUAGAUAAAGUUAAAGCAAAAGUUUUUAGCAAUCUAGCUCAGAAAUUGUUGUCAUCCAUUUGACAGUGAAAGUUAAAUAUUUUGGAGGGCUUUUUUACAUAGUAGCUAUAACACCAGGCCAGCAUGGGAGCUCCAGUCCAUAGUCCCGGGCCCUCAGGCUGAGGCAGGACAGUAGUGGGUUUAAUAUUCGCUAUGUUGCAAGACUAUGUAAGAGCAACAUUGCAAGACUCUAUCUCAAGAAAGGGCUAGGUAUCAUCUCCUGAUGUUUCUAAUUAUGUUUGGUCAUGAAGUCUUUUGGAAUCUUGGCUACCACAGGCCUCUAAUCCUCGGUGAGGACUGCAAAGUGGUAUCAAAAAUGGAAAUCAUGCACUACACCUUUAUCUGGGAAGAAAUCUAGUGGAAUGUUCUGGGUAUCUGUUUGCCAUGCAGUCUAUUAGACUAUUUAAUCUCUGAGCCUGUUUACCCUUUGUUACCAUGACAGGAAUGCUAAUUUACUUCAGAGAAAAAGGUUCAGAAGGAAAGUAUGUGGCCAUGUAGCAUUGGGCCAGGCCAUGACAGGGGCCAGGUAACACCAGCUACAGUUAAUUGCCAAGUAAGGGAGACACUGAGAAGUAAGUGGGUUCCAUAACCUUCUGGGCCACUGAACUAUAUAUUGCAAGUGACACUGGCCCAGAAGUGUGAAGUUAGAAGUAGAUAACUUUCAUGAAAAAUAAAGAAAGCAAUUCUUAGAAUGUAAAAGCACAGUUGAAUUCAGUUGCUCUUGGAACUUCAGUACCAUGCCAGGUCCACAUGUACUGGGUGUUUACAGAAAGGUAAAGGCUGCCUAAGAAGACAGGUCCCCCCUCACCCCCAUCCUGCUGGAAUCCUCUGCGCAUGUGUACUCUAAACAUGUAGCCAGGUCUGCUCAAACAGAAAGUCUUGAAGGAGCAGAAGGGAUGCCUAGCAAGUCCUGAUUUCCCAGCAUGCCGUGGGCACCUGAAGGAAACAGUGGAAGGUGCAGGAGCCUCUUGCACACCUGCCCAGGCAAAAAUAAAGCCUUCACUGGGACCCAGUGUCGACCGAGUACUAGUACCGAGGACUACUGCACUCCUGGAGCAGGCUAGUGAGCAGAGAUAAGCAAUCAAAAAAACACGCAGCGCAGAGCAGUAGGAUUUGCUAAGUGUGAUGGAGACUGAGGCAAGGAAGGAAGAUGGGGCUAGAGGGAGAAGUCUUGGAAGCAUGCUCGGGAAAGGCCCACUGUUAGGUGAUGGUGUAGUUAAUGUUUGCACAGAGCCCAAAAAAGUGAAGGGACAUCUGUGAGAGGCAAGUUCUGUCUUCUAUGUAAGUACAUAAAUAUGGAAAUAAUGUAUUUCCUAAAUUAAUACCUAAUUCAUAUUCUAUAUACGAAUUUUAGUGCAUUAAAAAUCAGCCAGAUAGUGCCAGGAGGGAGAAGUUACUGGAUUCUAUACCCAGACUCGGUUGACCACCACCCCAGCAGAUUGCUCCCUUCUCCUAAUGGAUGACUUCCUCUGCCGUGUGGCAGCCAUGUUCACAGUUCACAGUUCAGUUCUGUCACAAAGAAGCCACAGGAUGUAGCACAGAGCAGAAUGAGCCUCGGGCAAAAGCUUCCAAGCACUCUGUCUAGAACCACAGACUGUGCCGUCAGCCAUUGUACUUCUGCUCAAAUUAAGUGUUCAUCUAGUGUGCGGACACAUCGAACCUGACUCAGAAGCAGGGCCCAGAGAGUUCUCGCACUUUCUGUAAGAAUUACUAGGAAGCUUUAGAUUCAGUUAAUUUUAUAAGAAAUGUCUAUUAGCUACAUGAAGCGUUUCUAAUGAUGCUACUGUCGAAGGUCUAGCUCACUACUUAGAUCAGUUUUUGAAAUGGCCAAUUAUCAGUGUUAGAUUUUGUUCCAAUGACCUGACUUACAAAGGAACACAAUUCACGAGCUAAAGAAAAUGUAAAGGUUCAGAAUGAGAAUUAGAACUAUAGAUUGUGGUGGUGUCAGUCGGACACCUUAAAACGCACUCGUAAAGCUAACAUAUAGAAUUUGAGAACAUCUGUAGUGGUUCUCAGCCAGCAUGUACCUUAGACUGGUGGCAUCCUGCUUGCCAGGGACAGCCCCACCCUGCGGAGGUUUCUACCCACAAUCUCCACAGCAUUGCCCUGACACCCUGCGAAACUCGUCCAGAUUGACAUCUGCUAAUCCAUCUCUAGGUUUUUCCCCCAAACAAAAUCACCCACACCUUUUCAGAACAGUAAAGACACCUUCUGCAUGUUAGGAAGCUGUAGCUUUUUCUCAAAUCAUCGUUUGUGGAAAUGAUUUCUUCUCUCCACCCCCUUAAGGUUGCUAGUAGGAACAUUGUGACAUUACUGCAUCUGUGGGGGUGGGGCACUGCCCUAUUACCGUAACUCCACAAGAGUACAGUCCUGGAAGGCUCGCUGUCACUCUGCAGUCAUUUAAAGGGAAUUUUUCCUAACUUUUUUUUUUUUUUAAGCAAAAUCACAUUUUAAUGUUUCACAAAUAGCCAAUGGGAUAUGGUCAAAGACACCCAGCACACUGCUUUUGAUGCUCUGGAGAUACUGAAGACUGUGUUUUUUAACCAGUGACUUUUUUUUUUUAACUAUGCAGUGAACUUGUUAGACUUUGAACACCAGCUGAGGUAUUCACACUUGAGCCCCAUUGAAAUCAAAGGGACAAGGGGAAGGGGUGGCGGCUAGGAGAGACUCAGACCCAUUUCCCUGCCAGUUACUGUGCAUGUAUAUAACUUUAGUUUUCAUUAGUGUGCCAAGAACUUUAUGAAAAAUGGUCUUAAAACCUAGUUUGAGUUAAAUACCGAUACUUUAAAAACGAAUUUUGUCACACUAGACUUGGGCAGCCUGGUGAGACUAGUUGAGGCUCGCAGUACCACAGCACACAGUAAGGCGUGAUUCUUUCUAUAAUCAGGCACCUUCUGCUGCUUUCAAGUCAGAUCAGUUUCCCGUGUAAGCUGUAACACUGCAGCAGAGGCGCCACCCUGCUGGACACAGCAGAGCCCGACAGCUGUCAGCACAGCAUUCUGUGCUUGGGAAAUGGAUGUCUAUCAGCAAAUCCGGGACAGGGACAGGCCCAAGCCAUGUUUUCCCAGACCCCAACUUUGUGGGCACUCUGUUGCUUGUGUGAGAAACUUUCUGGCAUGUGGAUAAUUCUUUCAAACUAGAGUUCAGACAACGAUGCAACUGUUUUAUAGAGCGUGCAGAACACUCUUGGUUCCGACACGACACAUUGCUUCUGAAAACCUGCUGUCAGAAAACAUUUCUAUCCUUGGAGUGUGAGCUUUCAGUAAGAGGUUUCAUCACUGUGUCUGCAUAACAACCUUCUCCCCUCCACUCUGUUGCUGUGUUAUUCUGAGCAAGUCUUUCGCCAAAUGCCAUGUACAAUGUCUGUAUGGAAAAAUUAAACUGCUCUCCUGUGAGCUGAGGCUGUUUAGUUGCCGACUUCAUAGUUGGAAUCUGAUAUUCCCGGCACUGAGUCCACAAUGUAUUCAGAAAUCCAAGUUGGCGUCGUACAUUUCAUUCUGAUGUGAACUUUUCUCUGCUUUCCUUUGUUCUAAGACUCCAUUUUGCAAUAAACGUUUUGACAGUAAA